CCCCACUGCAUAAAUGGUUUAGUCAACUUCAGAAAUGGGAACUGUAUACAUAUUGGUUUUAAUCUGCUGCCUUAGCUUGUUGCCCGAAGAAAAAGCUGAGGAGGAUUUUCCUGUGGGUCCGCCCAUAAGUCAGAGGAGACUCCAAAAGUUUAGCUCCUUUGGCUUGGCAGGGCAGCCUGGCAGACCUGGAAUGCCUGGCCGACCUGGUCGACCGGGUCAGCCAGGAACUCCUGGCGGAUCAGGAGGAGGAGGUGGCAAUGGAGGAGGAGGUGGCAAUGGAGGAGCAGGUGGCAAUGGAGGAGGAGGUGGCAAUGGAGGAGCAGGUGGCAAUGGAGGAUCAGGUGGAAAUGGCGGAUCAGGUGGAAAUGGAGGAUCGGGUGGAAAUAGAGGAGCAGACAAAAUUGGUGGUGCUGGUGGAAUAAUAAGAGGGAAUUCAAGGAAUGGAAAGCGGCCAGGACCUAAAAGGUUACCCUAUGAUUUUAAUUUAUUUCUCAUAUGAUUUAAACGAUAUAUAUUUUUUUUAAAUUUUAUUAUUUGUAAAUUGCACAGUGAUUUUAAGCAAUGACAUUUUUAAAAAAGUAUUUAUUUUUUGUUGUCUGCUGGCAGCAGUUCUAGUGUACUUACCAGUGUAAAAACCAAUUGCCUAAACCAAUUAGCUAAACCAAUUUGUCAGAGCUUUAACUCGACUUUUGUAAGUACCUAAAAAAAUGUGGGAUUUAAUAAAUAAACGUUCGCUUUACACAAA